AUGAGGCCUGAUUUUUCUUUUCCAGGAAUCCUGGCCAUAGAUUACCCUCAUCCCAGGAGUUCUACUCUACAUCAGCUCACCAAGCAGCUGUUACAAAAAUAUCACAAGGAGGUGAGGCCAGUUCACAACUGGACGCAGGCCACCACUGUAUACCUGGAUGUGUUUGUCCACGCUGUGUUGGAUGUGGAUGCCCAGAAUCAAAAAAUAAAGACAAGUGUAUGGUACUGUGAGGUUUGGAAUGAUGAGUUUUUAUCUUGGAAUUCCAGCAUGUUUGAUGAGAUUCGAGAGAUCUCCCUACCUCUAAGUGCCGUCUGGGCCCCUGACAUCAUCAUUAAUGAGUUUGUGGACAUUGAAAGAUCCCCUGACCUUCCUUAUGUUUAUGUGAACUCAUCUGGGACCAUUAAGCACUCUAAGCCCAUCCAGAUGGUCUCUGCAUGCAGUUUAGAGACAUACGCUUUUCCAUUUGACAUCCAGAAUUGCAGCCUAACCUUCAGUAGCGUUCUGCACACAGUGGAAGAUGUAGACCUGGCCUUCCUGAGGAGCAGAGAAGACAUUAUGCAUAACCAAAAGGCAUUUUUGAAUGACAGCGAGUGGGAACUUCUUUCUGUGUCCUCAACAUACAACAUCCUGCAGAGCAGCGCUGGAGAUUUUGCACAGAUUCAGUUUAAUGUGGUGAUUCGCAGGCGCCCACUGGCCUAUGUUGUGAGCCUGUUGAUUCCCAGCAUCUUCCUAAUGCUUGUGGACCUGGGGAGUUUCUACCUCCCGCCUACCUGCCGCGCCAGGAUUGUGUUCAAGUCCAGCGUGCUGGUGGGCUACACCGUCUUCAGGGUCAACAUGUCUGAUGAGGUGCCAAGGAGCACAGUGAGCACCCCUCUGAUAGAGGUCUUCUUCACAGUCUGCAUGGCCUUCUUGGUUCUCAGCUUAUCCAAGUCCAUCCUGUCAGUCAAGUUCCUCCACGAUGAGCGGUGCAGCCAGCAGGAGCAGACCCUCUUGUGUUUUCGAGGGGACGCUGAUGCUGAUGGGCCAGGAAUGGAUCCCAGGGCCCAGCGUGCUGGGGUCACAGAGCCCCCUAUCUGUCAAGAGCACCAGGCCCGGUCUGGGGCCCUGAAGGAAGUGUGGUCCCAGCUUCAAUCCAUCAGCAGCUACCUCCAAACCCAAGACCAGGAACACCAACAGGAGGCUGGAUGGCUGGCCCUCCUGGGACGCUUUGACCGACUGCUCUUCCAAAGCUAUCUCGUUGUGCUGGGACUCUACACUGUCACCCUGUGCUCCCUCUGGGCGUCAUGGAGUCACCUGUGAAGACCUGUGUUUGCUGGUCGCCGUCCAUGUGC